GGCACACAAAGCAAUGGCUUGAUCUGGAACUGCUCGGGUUUGGACGCCGUUAUUCGAAGUGCUUACCACUUCCCCUUCUUGUCGGAUUUUUGAUUAUAGCUGGAUGUGCGUUUACCCCUGCUACAUUGACGGUACAAAAACGGUUGCAGAAGGUCGCAGGAUUUCAAAGUCAAGGGCAUGCGUCAAACAGCCCUGGGCUAAGGAUAUUGUCGAGGCGUUGAAGGAGUUGAGAUUGUCUCAGGCUUUCGAGCCCGGAAAGACACACCCGAGGGAUUGGGCGAACCGCGGGCGUGUCAGAGUCUUGUUCAAAGAUGAUGGCCGCUUCUGCCAUCCGACCAUCCACACAAAGAACGAGCUGCUGAUUAGAGUGGCAGCCUCCAUCAACAAGAUGCAUGCCAAGGAAGAGGCCUCUGGCCACAAGCGUGCGGAAUUUUCGCCACUUUCGCCUUUGACACCCCUCUCGAUUGUUAUGCCUGGCAUGGCGGAUGCGGACCCAUUGGCUGGUCUUUUGGGCGGCAACGACACAACGGAGCCAUCAGCAGCAUCCUCAUCAAGCGCAGUUCAACCCCCAGCACCAGAAUCAAAACGACAGAAGAAGUUGGCCAAGAAGCCAAAGAGGGUCAUGAUCCGUGGAUAAGCGGGAAUCAAAGCGAGGACAUUGUGAAAAUAAAAGAGACGAUGACCAUGAGUGCAUUAUCGUGUUUGCUUGAUGGCG